GGCACGGACCCGAGUGGAAUCGACGACGACGUUCCCACUUGCGCUUCUUCGCUUGUGCUUCCGCGUACGUGUUGGAGAAGAAUAUGCCAAUCGCGGUUCCCUCCUUCCUCCCAACUAUUUUAGUGUCGUUCUGAUGCGAUUCGAGGCCCAAAUCAAUACCAACUUCUCGCUCGCUCUCUCGGUUCACGGAUCCGAAUUAGACAUAUUGUUUGAUGGAUUCUGUGGAAGAUGUUAUAUAAAUAUUUAUUGGAAAAUCUGUGGGACAUGCUUGGAGUUAUUCUGAUUGGUGGAUGGUUGGUCUGAAUAUUGGAGAUAAAGAAUCUAUGAGCUCAUUGCUGGAUACCCUCGAAAUGGAGAGGGUUACAACAAUCCUGAAUCCAACAUAUGCUUAUCCACAUGAGCAUUCAAGGCAUACUAUUACAGCAGUGAUAGUGACAUGUUUAUUCUUCAUUUCAUCUGAUAAUAUACAUACCCUCAUACAGAAACUGGACAACAAUAUUAAGUGGUGGUCUAUGUACCUAUUUUUAAUUGGAUUCUUCUAUUUCUUCUCGUCACCAUUUAUUGGGAAGAGAAUUAAACCAAAUUACUCAAACUUUAGCCGUUGGUAUGUUGUUUGGAUUUUUGUAGCAGCUCUCUAUCAUCUUCCUAGUUUUCUGUCUAUGGGAGUGGAUUUAAAGAUGAAUCUUUCCUUGUUUCUGACAAUAUAUGUAUCAUCUAUAGUAUUCCUUACUGUCUUCCAUAUUAUCUUUCUUGGCCUUUGGUAUGUUGGGCUUGUUGCUCGUGUAGCAGGAAAAAAACCAGAGAUAUUCACCAUUCUCCAGAAUUGUACUGUUAUAAGUAUUGGGUGUUGUGUUUUUUAUAGCCACUGUGGUAAUCGUGCCAUUCAAAGGCAUAAAUUCUUGGGAGAAAGAAAUUCUUUCAAUUCAUCUCAAUUUGUGAAAAGUAAAGAUGGGAGCAACUGGCUGUCAAAUUUUCUUCAAAUGUCUGAAUUAAAAGAUCAAAUCUGCUCAUCUUGGUUUGCUCCAGUUGGAUCUGCCAGUGAUUAUCCUUUUCUAUCAGGGUGGGUCAUUUAUGGAGAGUUAGCUUGCAGUGGAUCAUGUGCCGGUCCAUCUGAUGAAAUAUCUCCUAUAUAUUCGUUAUGGGCAACGUUCAUUGGCCUUUACAUAGCUAACUAUGUUGUUGAGCGAUCAACUGGAUGGGCUCUAACUCACCCCUUGUCAAUUUCGGAGCAUGAAAGGUUGAAAAAGCAGGUGGAACCUGAUUUCUUGGAUAUGGUUCCUUGGUAUUCUGGGACUUCAGCUGACUUGUUCAAGACAGUAUUUGAUCUAUUAGUUUCUGUAACACUUUUUGUUGGUCGUUUUGAUAUGAGGAUGAUGCAGGCUGCGAUGAGCAAUAAACCUGAAGAAGCAAAAGAUGGUGAUCUGUUCUAUGAUCACCUUAACGAUCGAGAUGAGCUGUGGUUUGAUUUUAUUGCAGACACUGGGGAUGGUGGAAACUCAUCUUAUGCAGUGGCUCGACUAUUGGCCCAGCCUUCCAUUCAGAUUAAGUCUAGCAACUCCAUCUGUGUUCUUCCCCGUGGUGAUCUACUUCUUAUUGGAGGAGAUCUGGCGUAUCCUAACCCUUCAGCAUUUACUUAUGAGAGGCGAUUUUUCUCUCCAUUUGAAUGUGCUCUGCAACCUCCACCUUGGUACAAGUCUGAGCAUAUAGCAUUCAAUAAGCCAGAGGUUCCUUAUGGAAUUUCAGAACUACGUCAGUAUGAUGGGCCUCAGUGUUUCCUAAUUCCUGGAAAUCAUGACUGGUUUGAUGGGCUACAUACUUUUAUGAGAUACAUAUGUCACAAGAGCUGGUUGGGUGGGUGGCUCUUGCCUCAGAAGAAAAGUUAUUUUGCCUUGCAACUUCCAAAGGGAUGGUGGGUAUUUGGUCUUGAUCUAGCUCUACACUGUGACAUUGAUGUUUACCAGUUCAAGUUUUUUGCAGAGCUAUGUAAAAACAAGGUUGGUGAGAAUGACUCUGUUAUUGUCAUGACACAUGAGCCAAACUGGUUACUUGAUUGGUACUGGAAUGAGACUACUGGGAAGAAUACAUCUCACUUAAUUCGUGAAUACCUGAAGGGAAGAUGCAAACUUAGAAUGGCAGGAGAUUUACAUCAUUACAUGCGCCAUACUGUCAUUCUUCCUUCUUCAAAGAAAUCUGUUCAUGCACAACACCUUCUUGUAAAUGGUUGUGGUGGGGCCUUUUUGCAUCCGACACAUGUCUUUCAGGAUUUCAAGGAAUAUGAUGGAGUUUUUUAUGAGAGAAGGGCUACAUACCCAUCCUUUGAUGAUUCGAGUAAGAUAGCAUUGGGCAAUAUUCUAAAGUUUCGUAAGAAAAAUUGGCAGUUUGAUAUAAUUGGUGGUGUUAUCUAUUUCAUAUUGGUGUUCUCUACGUUCCCACAGUGUAAUGUUGUACAAAUAUUACAAGAAGAUUCUUGGGCUGGUCGCAUAAAGAGCUUCUUGUUUAGAAUGUUCAAUGCUUUUGUUUACAUGUUGCAACACUCGUAUGUGUCUUCAGCAGGAACUCUCAUAUUGAUAUUGUCAUCAUAUUCAUUUGUUCCUGCAAAGUUAUCACGUAGAAGACGGGCUUUACUUGGUUUUGUUCAUGUGUUUGCCCAUAUGGUUGCCUCAUUUAUUCUAAUGUUGCUGUUGGAGUUGGGUAUCGAGAUGUGUAUUCGUAAUCAUCUUCUAGCAACUUCAGGUUAUCACACACUCUAUGAAUGGUACCAGGCAAUGGAGAGUGAGCAUUUCCCAGAUCCUACUGGUCUCCGUGCUCGCAUGGAGAAAUGGACGUUUGGACUUUAUCCAGCAUGCAUAAAGUACCUCAUGUCCGCCUUUGAUGUUCCAGAGUUGAUGGCUGUUACUAGAAGUAACAUAUGCAAAGGAGGUAUGGAGUCCUUAUCCCGUGGCAGUGCCAUCAUCUACUAUGCCUCUGUGUUUCUUUAUUUCUGGGUGCUUUCCACCCCUGUUGUAUCUCUUGUAUUCGGGAGCUAUCUGUACAUAUGUGUCAAUUGGUUACGAUUACACUUCGAUGAAGCUUUCUCAUCACUCCGGAUCGCAAAUUACAAAGCUUUUACUCGCUUCCACAUCACCACUUCUGGCGAUCUUGAGGUCUUCACUCUUGCAGUUGACAAGGUUCCGAAAAGUUGGAAACUAGAUCCUGAUUGGGAUGCGGAAAUAAGACAACCACGGCAACUUAGCCAUCAGAGAAGGUUCCCUAGCAAGUGGAAGGCUGCCUCAGGCACAGACCCUGUCAACUCAGUGAGAGUGGUAGAUCACUUUGUCAUCAAAAGAACGAAGGCCGUUCAAUAAUCUCCCUACUUAAUGUUUUUUUUCGUGGCCGGACGAUUUAUUCUUCUUCUCGUCAACAAGUUGCUCAUGCUGAAAGCUCAAUGCAACUGUAUGUCAAUAGUUCCAAAUAGGGAUGGGAGAUGUAUCCAAGUCUGAGGCCAGUGUAAUGUUUCAUCAUGAAUUUCUUUGGUUUUAUAGCUUGUGCUAGUCAUAGAAAGAGAUUACACAUAGCAUCCUUUUAAGCAAACAAUAUCCAUCAUUUGUGGGCUCUGAUAUUGCUAAUUUAUUUUUCUCACUGCUCAA